AUGCUCGACUAUAUUCGGAAGGUGUUUAAGUUUAUAAAACGAAAUAAAGUUGAAAAUAUCAAUAAUGAAGAAGCUGAAGUUUACAUGGCCAAAUUUGGUCUCACGAAUAACGGCCAUGCAAAUGGCCAAAAUAGCGGCAAUAACGGCGAAGAUGGACAGGAUUCUAAAAAACAAUGGAAUCUGAAAAGAUUUUUUAAAGAAUGGGUAUGGGACACUAACGGCGAUCCAUACUAUUACUGGCUUGGUAUCAUCUCAUGUGCCUUUGCAUAUAACCUCAUCUGUGUAAUCGGUAAUCAUACUAGAAGCGUCUUUUUCGAACUGGAAAAUGGUCCCUACUGGUAUCUUUGGAUUAUUUUUGAUGCUUUUGUGGAUUUUAUCUAUUUAAUUGAUAUGUUCGUUCAGUCACGUACAGGUUUCUUAGAACAAGGUCUUCUAGUUAGAGAUCUUCAAAGAAUCAGGAAGGUUUACUUGAAGUCUCGCCAGUUUAGGGUGGACUUAUUAAGCAUUUUACCGAUAGAUUUAUUAAUUCGCCCUAUACGUGCUUGUCCCUACAUAAGGUUUACUCGUCUCGUUCGCUAUCCGCGAUUUACCGAUUUCAUUGAUCGUACAGAAACAAGGACAACAUUUCCUAACGCAUUUCGAGUGUGUUGUGUCGUCUUCUACAUUGUUGUUAUUAUUCACUGGAACGGAUGUAUCUACUUCUGUAUAAGUGAGUGGAUCGGAUUGAACACAGACACUUGGGUUUACGGCACUAAAAACAUUCAGAGUCUUCCAGAGGGCAUCGAAGAUACCCUGGGGAGACGUUAUGUGUAUAGUUUCUACUGGUCAACACUGAUUCUUACAACUAUCGGUGAGGUACCACCCCCAUUUAGUGACGUGGAAUAUGUGUUUGUUAUAGUGGACCUUAUGGUUGGCGUUCUUAUAUUCGCUACAAUCGUCGGUAACGUUGGCAGAACAGAGUUUCAAGCAAAAAUGGACGGCAUAAAGCAGUACAUGGCCCUUCGAAAGGUUAAUAAACAGUUAGAGACGAGAGUCAUUAAGUGGUUUGACUAUCUCUGGGCAAAUAAACAAACCUUAAGCGACCAAAAAGUGCUAAAAGUACUGCCUGAUAAAUUGCAAGCAGAAAUUGCUACUCAAGUUCAUUUUGAAACUCUUCGAAAAGUUAGAAUCUUCCAAGACUGCGAAACUGGAUUACUUGCUGAGCUGGUGCUUAAACUGCAACAACAGGUGUUUUCACCAGGCGAUUAUAUAUGCAGGAAAGGCGAUAUUGGUCGUGAGAUGUAUAUAGUAAAACAAGGAAAACUAGAAGUAGUAGCUGACGACGGCAUCAAAGUAUUCGUAACACUUCAAGAAGGAGCUGUAUUUGGAGAGCUGAGUAUACUAAACAUCGCAGGGAGCAAGAAUGGUAACCGGAGAACAGCAAACGUUCGUUCUGUUGGUUACACCGACCUUUUCGUGUUAAAUAAAAACGAUCUUUGGAAUGCAUUAAAGGAAUAUCCCGAUGCUAGGAAGCUUCUGAUAGCUAAAGGUAGAGAAAUUCUGCGAAAAGAUAACUUGCUCGAUGAAAAUGCUCCUGAAGAACAAAUUUCAGCAGAAGAAAUGACUGAAGUGCUUUUUGGGAAACUAAAGACAGUUCAAACACGACUUGCUCGUAUAACUUCGGAACACAUUAGCACGAAAGCAAAGUUAAUGAAACGGAUCGAAUACCUGGAAGAACAGCUAAAAAUAUCACAAAAUGAGACAACAAAGUCUACUGAAGGACUUUCUGCCUAG